AUGACUGAUGUUAUUGAUCGACCUGUGUGUGGGUCAGUGGUUAAAUGUAGCAGAAACAUGGCUCUGUGCAGGUUUGUCAGGCUCCUCCAGGUUAGCAGGACCACACUGGUGACCGGGACCCGUCUUUAUUCUCAAACCGGACCGGAACCGCUGACAGUGAAACAACAAAACAACGGAAUAAGGAGGAUAAUACUAAACAAUCCUAAAAAGAGGAAUGCUCUGUCUUUGUCCAUGUUGGAAUCCCUCAGAGAGAACAUCUUAAGUGAUAUUGACAGGGAUGAUCUCAGAGUUAUUAUCAUAUCAGCCAAAGGUCCAGUGUUUUCCUCUGGUCAUGACCUGAAGGAGCUGACAUCAGCUCAGGGCCGACAGUAUCACACACAGGUGUUUCAGACCUGUGCAGAGGUCAUGACUCUCAUACAGGACAUACCAGUUCCAGUGAUCGCCAUGGUAAACGGUGUUGCCACAGCAGCAGGUUGCCAGCUGGUUGCCAGCUGUGACAUUGCCGUAGCGACGGAGAAGUCCACUUUUGCAACUCCGGGUGUUAAUGUGGGUCUAUUCUGCUCAACUCCUGCGGUGGCCAUCGGCCGAGCUGUACCGAGGAAGGUUGCCAUGGAGAUGCUGUUCACAGGAACUCCUAUUUCGGCCCAUGAUGCUUUGCUGCACGGUCUGAUCAGUAAGGUGGUGCCAGAGGAACGACUGGAGGAGGAGACGCUGUCCAUCGCCCAGAGGGUGUGUGAGGCCAGUGGACCUGUGGUAGCACUGGGAAAGGCCACGUUCCACAGACAAAUGGCUCAAGGUCGAGAUGCGGCGUACGCCACCGCCUCCAAGGUGAUGGUCGACAACCUGGCACUAAGAGACGGACAGGAGGGGAUCCGAGCCUUCAUCGAGAAACGCAAACCAGUGUGGAGUCAUAAAGCCGAGAAAGCCCACGAGUGAUGGAGGUCAGUGCAGAUCUGCUGAUGACUGAGACUGAUCCACUCCACUGCUUUUACCUUUCCUGUGUGGAAUAAUGGCCACUGAUCCACAGCCAGUGUUCGGACUGUUCCAAAGGUCAAAUACAGGUGGAAUUUGGUAGCUCACAGGAGGCGAAGAAUGAUUCCAUGACCGUCUUCCCUGAGGAUUUUUGAGACAAGUAGCUGAAUCAUUUAUGUGCCUUAAAGUGUGAAGAUGAUGAUUUCUGAGGGUUGACGACAUAACGGACACUUGAAGAUAAAUAAUAAGUACAGUACAGAUCCAGUAUGUAUGACUUUUAAUGACCCAAAAGGUGUGUAUUUUCUUGUGGUAGAAAAUAUCAGGUGUUACAAGUGUUGUACAGAACAUUAUGAAUACAAACUAAGCUAUUUGCUCUUGGUUAAUCUUGAAUAAAUAAUUUACAAGUCAA